CGUAGAACAAAUGAAGCAGCCCCAGAGACAUUGCCAGAUUUAUCAGAAUGUGCACUUACACAGAUACCUGAUGCAGUUUAUAUGAUGAUGAAAGACAUCACAGUUCAAAGCUGUGAUUUAUCACAAAACUUGCUACAAAGUCUCCCCAAAAAGAUCUGUUCCAAAUUUUCAAAAAUAACAGAAUUGAACAUAAGCGGAAACAAACUACAUACACUACCAGACGAACUAAGAAAUCUCCAAGAACUACAAAAUUUAGAUGCUUCUUCCAACAACUUAGAUAGAAUACCACAAGUAGUGUUUCAGUGUGUUCAACUUAAACAAUUAAAUGUGCAUAGCAACUGUAUCUCAGAAGUAGAUGUGAUGAGACUAGAAGCUAUGGACUCACUAGAAACGUUAAACAUUAAAGGCAACCCUCUUCCAGACGAUGUCAAAUCACAGUUGUCAGACAGCAGAUUAAACAUAAUCAAAAGCUAAUCCAAUAGCAUAAAGUGAUAAAUGCAGUAGACUAUCUUAUGUACAAGACCCUGAGUUGAACCUGAUUAUUGUGGUUAUAUUAUGUUGCCAUUAUUAUCACUUCUGAAAGGGAUCACCACAGACAAAUUUUCAAAGUUCAAGUUUAUCAAAUUAUUUUUAUCAUUGCAUUAAUUUAUUUUAUACCUUUUUGCAAUAAGAUUAAAGCACACAAUAUAUUUGUGUAAGAAAAUGUUAUCUUUAUUUUAUGACAAAAUAAUUAAGAUGUUAUAUACUGUUAAUAAUUUUUUCUAAAUUAUACCUAGAUUUUUUUUAUAUAAAUUUACCUCACUUCAUCCUUAAAUUUAAGAUGAUGCUGAAAAAAUUAAGAGAGGUGCUAGAAAUUCAAGGGUGGUGCUAAUUAUUAAAAAAGCUGACAGUGCAAGGACUGUAUUUGUAUAGCCAGUCAAGGUCGUUAAAAACGUCCAUCAUCUUUAUUCAAUUCAAGGUUGCAUGGUGCUAAAAAUUCAUGGGUCAAGGAGCACCACCCUUAACUGGCCUGUGGUGAUCCCUGUAUCUACUAGUAUAUAAAACAUAAACCAGAAAAUACAAUUAAUAUUGAUGUAUGUCAUGAAUGUAGUAUUAUUCAUCGGAGAAAAUAUUUACUACUAUUAUAGACGUAUUUACACUUGUAUGCAAAUUUGUCUGCCAUUACAUAAUAUCACACAGGUUCCCAUAAACUUUGACAUCAUAAUUCAAAACAUUUGACCUCACAACUAAAAAGUGAUUGUUGCUUGACGUCAAAAGGUUAUUCGGAGGUGAUAUAAGGUCAUUCGGAUGCAAAAUACAGCUAAAUACCAAAAGUGUAAAUACGUUUAUUAUCUACACUCAAGACUUACACAAAGAAAGAUAGGAUUAAUGUUAUUGUAAUGUAAUAGACAUGGUGACUUUCAACAUAUUUUGUACUGUACUAGGUCAUAGGUAUCUGAUCUAUCUAACAUAAAUAUAAACCAUUCAUAAUGUUAGUUAUUUUUUUUCAAUUAAGGUCAGAUAAUUAAAAUAGAACCCAUUGUCCAUAACUGUGACGUCUAGAUCAGAUACUUAGGUUAAGUAAAUAUUAUGUAAAAGUAAUGUCCAGAUGUCCUUAUUUUGCCGUAACAGCAUUUGAAUUCUGGAAUCAUCUUUGAUUCAUAUGAACUAUAUUGAACCAAUUGAACAAAAAAAAUUUAUUAAUGUUUUUUUGUAAGUUUAUUUAUUAUUGUGAUAUUUCAAGAAAAGUAUUUAUAGGAAUAUUGUUUUGUGAUAUUUGUUUUAUGAUUACUGAUUUAUGUAGAUUAAUCAGAAGUAUUGAAAAUUAUUGUUCAUAUAAAAUAUCUGUAAACUGUUCUUACAGUACAUCAUAUCAAUUGUUUUACAGACAUGCAUUUAUACCUAUAUACAAAUAAAACAUUAAAACCUGAUGUGAACUCCACAAUGUAGUUUGCUGCUAUUGUUAUACAUUCUAAUGAGAAUCUUGAAUUUUUAAAAUAUUUUUAAAAUUUUAAUUGUUCACUAAAAACUUUAAUUUUGCAUAUUUGAUGAAUUUAUUAAUAGCAUAAAGAAAUACAAACAGUAAACAUAUCGUCAAGUCCUUACAACUGUAAAUCAAGUUGUCAUAUACUGUGUAUUUUUUUUUGUGAUUUGAGAAAAACUUUGUUUUUUUGAUAUUUAAUUUAGUGGUUGUGACAAAGUCAUACAGUCUUUAGAAAAUUUGUACUUUGUUAAAUUUUAAUUUGUAAUUUAUAUGUACUCUCUUGAUCCAUGAAAUUUAGGUACUCUACAAAUGAUAAUGAAUCCACAGUACUAAAAAGGAAUAAUUUCAGUAUUACAUACACAAUACAAGAGGAAAAUGCGUAAUCCACUAUACUAUAUACAUUUGUUUUUUAAGCAUUGCAUGAAUUUUAUAUAGAAAUUACUUACAUUUAUGUAUGUUUCAAAAGGUAUUUAUUACAGGUUGUUAUUGCUUUUCUUUUCAAUACCUAUUUCAUAUACAUUAUUUUCUCCACAUUGUAUUGAAUCUGUUUAAGAAAAAUGUAUUAUGUCUGAUCAACAUGUAGGCAAAACAAACCUCUGGUCAACCUGUUCCUUCUAUAAAAAAAUAAUCAUCAAUUCCCUAGUCCUGAUAAGUGAAAAAUUAGUUCUAGCAAAAAUAGAGGCCAAAUCCUUAUGUCCUCAAAUAGAUCCUGCACCCCUUUUGGUAUGUUGUUUAUUCACUAGAAAGGAAGAAGUUUUAUUCCUUUGAAGAUACGAUGUCAAAGGUCACAGAUUCAACUUUUAGGAAAUCAAUAAUUCACUCAAUCUUUACUCCACAGUCUAAGAUCCGAAAAGUAUAAUUUUUCAUUUGACUCAUAGUGGUAUAAACUUGUAUGUUGCAUGUACACAAAUAAGAAUCUAGAAUACUUUAUACAUAUAACUUAUGAAUAAUUAUGUAUGCCAGUGUAUGACUACACUAUUUUUUUUACCAGCAAAAUGUAAUUUAAACCAUAUCUAACUAAGAAAGGAAUUAGACUUAUUAGUUUCAAAUUGAAAUGUCAAAUUGUCUUGAAGUAUCUUUUUAGCAAGAAAUUUUGAAAGUGACAUUAAGAGUCAUCAUCUGUUAUGAGUUUUGAUAUGAAAUCUUUUGUUCUGUAGCAGUUUUAUAAAUGUUAUAUUUUGUCGUUGUAGUCACUAGACUGUGGAUCUUAUUUUAAUGGAUUCAUUUAAAAUUUACAGAAGUGAUAUGUAUUUUGUUAAUAUUUUUUUUCUUAGGAAUGUUGAACAAGCCUUCAAUUUAAACAUUAUUUUAAAACCAAUUCAGAUGUGUUGUUAAAGAUUUUAGCAUAUUUUUUUUGUAAUAAAUAAAUUCAAAAGUAUUUGAUUA